AUGACUGAGAUCAAAUCGCAAAAAGCUGUGUGCGUCUACUGCGGAUCUUCGUUCGGCAAGGACCCUAAGUUCUCGGACGAGGCCCGCAAGCUGGGCCAGCUGCUGCACUCCAUGCGCUGGAAGCUCGUGUACGGUGGCGGCACCACCGGGCUGAUGGGCGAGAUCGCGCGCGCAACCAUGGGCCCUGACGUGGACGGGUUCGUGCACGGGAUCAUCCCCAACGCGCUGGUGGCGCGCGAGCGCACUGAGGAGUCCGAGGCGCCCGAGGCGACCGGAAAGGCCUCGGUGUCGACGUUCAACGAGGAAAUCCGCAAGUCCGUCGAGAACCACAAGGGCUCCACGCCGCUCAGCCACGAGUACGGCUCGACGACUAUCGUCCCCGACAUGCACACGCGUAAGCGCAUGAUGGCGACCGAGAGCGACGCGUUCGUGGCCAUGCCGGGCGGCUACGGCACCCUGGAGGAGAUCAUGGAGUGCAUCACGUGGUCCCAGCUGGGCAUCCACCAGAAGCCCGUCGUGCUCUUCAACACCGACGGCUUUUUCGACAGCCUGCUCCGCUUCAUCCAGCACUCCAUCGAGAGCGGCUUCAUCAGCGAGAAGAACGGCCGCAUCAUCCAGGUCGCCACCACCGCCGAGGAGGUCAUCGACAAGAUCCAGCAGUACCAGGUGCCCGACGGCCGCUUCAACCUGAACUGGAGCGACGAGCACGAGGGCAACUGA